AAUGCUUGUAAGCUCUGUAAUACCAUAAGCUUAUAGAAUUAAGCUGUUUUCUUUUCCUUCCUAUUCUUUGUUGGGGUGUGGUUCCCAAUGAAGAUUUUUCCUCUCUGUCAAGAAGCACUUUUGCAGAAGUGCUUCUUGUUGUCUUUGCUUUUUGUGAGCUUUUGUUAUGCUGAACAUAAGACAGUUGAGGUAGUUGGGGUUGGAGAGUGUACUGACUGUGCUAAGAAUAGCAUUAAGACUAGCCAGGCCUUUUCAGGUCUUCAUGUGACAAUUGACUGCAAGCCAGCAAAUGGGCACUUCAAAACAAGAGGGUUUGGGGAGCUCAAUGAAGAGGGAAAGUUCAAAGUGUCCCUUCCCGAGGAGAUUGUGAAAGAAGGAGAUGAUGAACUAAAAGAGGAAUGUUAUGCCCAACUUCACAGUGCAUUGGCUGCACCUUGUGCUGCCCAUGAUGGCCUAGAAUCUUCCAAGAUAGUCUUCAAGUCCAAGACCAGUGAAGGAAAACAAACCUUUGGAGUGGCUGGUGGCAAACUUAAAUUCUCACCAGUAACAUGCACUUCUGCCUUCCUUUGGCCUCACCCACACCCACUCUUUGGACACCCAUUACCUCCAUUCCCACCCAAGGUCUUCCCUCCUUUCCCACCUAAAGUCUUCCCUCCAAAAGUACCAAUCUUUAAGAAGCCUCUUCCCCCACCAGUCCCAAUUUACAAGCCUCUUCCUCCACCAGUUCCAAUUUACAAGAAGCCUCUUCCUCCACCAGUUCCAGUCUACAAGAAGCCUCUUCCUCCACCAGUUCCAGUUUACAAGAAGCCUUUGCCUCCUCCAGUGCCAAUCUACAAGAAACCACUUCCACCAAAAGCACCAAAACCACCAAAGAAAGUUUGUCCACCAGUUCCUGUGUUCAAAAAGCCACUUCCACCACCAGUCCCAGUAUACAAGAAGCCACUUCCACCACCAGUCCCCAUAUACAAAAAGCCACUUCCACCACCAGUCCCCGUAUACAAAAAGCCACUUCCACCACCAGUCCCCAUAUACAAGAAGCCACUUCCACCACCAGUCCCCACAUACAAAAAGCCACUUCCACCACCAGUCCCCAUAUACAAAAAGCCACUUCCACCACCAGUCCCCAUAUACAAGCCACUUCCCCCACCAGUCCCAACUUUCCAAAAGCCACUUCCACCUCCCAUCCCAUUUUACAAGCCAAAGCCACAUCCAUUCUUUAAGCCUCACCCUCCAUUGCCAAAGAUUCCUCCAUUCUUCAAGAAACCACCACUCCCACCACUCAUUCCUAAACACCCUCUUCUUCCCAAGCUUCCUCCUAUCCCCAAAAUCCACCCAAAAUAUUACUUCCCCCACCCAAAGAUUGGCAAGUUGCCACCCCAGCCACCUUUGGCUCCUCAAUAUCCUUAGGCUGUUGCAGACUUGCAGUACUAUUUUUUCCAGUUGUAAGUAGGAUCAUGGAUGUUGUGUGGUGAAACAAAGUGGAAGUUCAAGUAUGGAAUUUAAUUAUCAAAAUAAGUUAAACCUUCAAGCCUUAUAGAGAAGUCAAGAUCAGAGAGAGAACUCAGAGAGUGGAACUGAAACGUUGUUUCCCUUACUCUAUUUAUUUAUGAAAUCAACUUGUGUGGUAA